AUGAUUACUACAACUAAUCUCGUUUUGUUUAUUGGAGUGAACUUCAUUGUAGUGGAGGCGUCAGAUACAGGUCCUAUCGGCCCGGUAACCGUUUACGAAGUCCAAGACUGUGAUCCAGCCUUAGACGAGUUGAAUUUCGAACUUACGCUACUCCAGGACGUGGAUCAAAAGGAUAAAAUAACGUUGUCUUUCAGUCUGCCGUUUGAUAUUGGCGUAGACGCAACGGUUAGUGUUGACGCCGACAAAUUUGAUGGUUCGGACUGGCAAAAGAGCGCGUUUGUGGUUGAGAACAAACCAGCGUUUAAAUUUUUGAAUGAUUUUGUUUCGCCCAUCUGGAACAAUUUUAGGGAACAAGCGGUGCCGAAGAUUGAGAAACCCAGUGAAAUGCUGGCUGGGGACUAUAACGUGGAGUUGUUUUACGCUCAUUAUAUGGAUAUUAAUACACCGCAGGUUCCAUACGGGAGGUUUAUGGCAAGUGUGUAUUUAACGGUGGAUGAUGUGGACGUUGUUUGCAAAAAGCUGGAAGUCGAAUUUACGCCACCCGAUUCGAUGUAAGUGGGGCGGGUAAUGACUUGAUUCGGUUGUAAUA